AUGACAGACCACGACGUGGAACUUGAGCUCUUAACGCCACCACCUCAAGCUAUACCAACGUCCAAUCGCAUUAGAAUUGCCUCAAUUAAUCUCUUGUAUUCAUCUGAUGGUCGAUACAUUUUCCAGCGUCAAGCCCAUGUCGUUCGUGUACUGCAUGCUCCAACAGGUCGCGUUCUGCAUGAAUGCGUACGUACAGACAAGAAGAAUGUCGUUUGUGCGUUGGCAUUGCACCCAUACAAUGCUUUGCAGCUUUUAGCUGCUUAUGAUGAUGGAAUGAUUCUUGUUUGGGAUUUUAUCGAACAUAAAGUAUUGGUAGAAUUAAACGCGAAGGAUCCGAUACGAUGGAUGGCGUCCAGUCGUACAUGUCCAUCGCAGCUACUUUUAGUCACUCAAAGCGAUCCAACUACGUGGAAUCUUGUCGAAUUUAGUCUGAAAAAGAAAAAACGUGGUCGACUUUUGCUUCAGAAUAACAAACAAAAGUUUCACGCUGCAGCAUUGCAAAGUUACGUGACAUCACAGGACAAGCAGACGGAGCCAGGCGACUUUGUCGUUCUGGCCGCCAAUAAAAAGCUUGUAACACUAUGGUUUACUCAUCAACCAGGGACUCAAGACUCAAGCACUCGUGUUUAUACAAUUCAGAAACUAACACACUAUUGUGCUGUCUCAUGCGUUGCUAUCAGUCCAACGAAACGGGAAUUUUCAAUUGGUGAUCAGAUUGGUCAAAUUUUUCGGCAUUUUACUCAAACGAUUUCGAGAGAAGAUGGAGCAAAGAUGCAUUGGCAUUCACAUGCUGUGCAUUGUAUUCAGUACUCAAGUGAUGGUCAAUUUCUAUUGUCUGGCGGUGAAGAGUGUGUCUUAGUAUCGUGGCACUUGGAAACAGGUCGUCGAGCGUAUCUGCCACGUCUUCCGGCGGCAGUGGAAACAAUUGCACCCCGUCCGGAUGGCGGUGUCUAUGCUGUUAGCCUGGCAGACAAUGUUCUUUUCCAGUAUAACCCAGUAACACGUGAACAAGAGUGGGAAGCACGAGGACUAGCACGCGCUGGAAAUUCGGCUGCUAGCUCGAUCCCAACACGCCAAUUAGUAAUUGAUCCACUGACGAAAUCACUUGUGCUUAAUGGCUCGUCAGGUGCUGGCAUACUGCAAUUCUUUGAGCCAUUUGCUGACCGUGUGCUACAAACACUACUGUUAUCGGAACGUAAUCAAGUUACACGUACGGAAGACGAAGUGCUACCUAUUUUUCGUGCUUUGUAUUCGUGUUUUAGCUCUAAUGGCAAGGAUUUGGUGACGCUUCAUGCACCAACAACGGCACAGUAUGGUGACGAAAGUGCGCUACGGUUCUGGACGCGUCGUGUUGACGGCACAUUCUUCGUCAAUACAGCAAUUGAUGCACCUCAUGGCCGUGCACGAGUUACGAGUAUGGCGUACACCCCGUCAAGUUUUUAUGACUGUGUUGUUAGUGGAGACGAGAAAGGAGAUUUUAAAGUGUGGAACAAGACUAAAAUCGAAGCAGGCGGAACAGCAUGGCACUGCCAAGCAGUUGUACGGUAUCGGGAUGAACCAAUAACGGCAUUAGCGUUUGCUCGUGAUGGCUCAUUGCUUGCAGUAGCGUAUGGCAAUAAACUUACUCUUUGGGAUAUCACAACACACGCCCUACGUCGUGUAAUUCCAUCUGCAGACGGAAAUACCAUUAAACAAAUUGUCUUUCUUGGUACUAGUUCGCCUUACGUUGUGAUUGUGACAACAAAUCAAGUACAAGUAUGGAAUCUGCUCUCAUUAACAAUGUUGUGGCGCUACACGGUACCAAAAGGUACAGUUGUGGCCGAAGAAGUUAUGUACGAACGCUUUCUUGUCUGGUUGCCAGUGGAUAAAAAGACAGUCAUCCUUGUUUUUGAUGCCCAGACGUCUGUUCCAACGUGUAUUCGUGUCGUAGAUUUGGGUAGCAAAGUAUGGAGUGCUGGUUUUCAUCCUCCUACAAUGGAUAUCAUUCUGAUCGACAACAAAAUGGGUGUGUGGCGUCUGGAUGGACCUAAAGCUAAAUCGUUGAAUGCUCGACUUCGAAAGCAAGCGCAUAUUGCAGCCGUCGCUGCACGUGAUGCGACCAAGUACGGCGAACAGGAUAUCAAGAUGUUGAGUGCUAUCUACAAAGCUGCAAGUAACAACGUAGCUAAAAAGAAGAUGCUUGACAGCGUAAAGGUAAACGGGUCUGCUUCCAGUCACUUAUUUGACGCACCAGCUCACGUCCUACCAUCGAUGACGGCACUUUACCAAUCUUUCAUGGAUACGAUGCUACCAAAAUCGCACCAGGCUGUUAACUCGAAUGAAAGCCAGAAAAAGAAGAAUAAGCGACGGAAUAAAGAACAAGAGCAUGCGACGAUAGAUGUUCAAGUUGGUGGAAAUGAAGUACAACGCAAGCGGACGAAACUGCAGGUUGAGAAAGAGUUGGCGAAUACAGAAUUACGACAACAGACGUACUCAAAACUACUCGAAACGUUCCGAAAAACGAAAGCGCGUCGAGUGUAG